AUGGAUCUCAAUUGUGAUGACGAUUUGCUCUCUAGCGAUUUCUUUGACGACAUUUAUACCUCUCAUAUUGGAAAGAAACAUGGUGCAUUGCCUUCUGUCAUUGUUAUUGGUGGAGGUAUAUCAGGGAUUGCUGCAGCACAUAUGCUCCAAAAUGCAUCUUUUAAGGUAAUCUUGUUGGAGUCACAAGAUAGAAUUGGCGGCCGUAUUUGCACUGAUUACUCAUUUGGUUGCCCAGUUGACAUGGGAGCAUCAUGGCUACAUGGUGUCUGCAAUGAGAAUCCAUUGUCUCAAGUUAUAAGCCGCUUGGGGCUAACAUUAUAUCGUACAAGUGGUGAGGACUCAGUUUUAUAUGACCAUGAUUUGGAAAGUUAUGCACUCUUCAACAUAAAUGGACAUCAAGUUCCACAAAGCAUGGUUAUUGAAGUUGGAAAUACAUUUAAGAAGAUCCUCGAUGAGAUGGAUAAAGUGAGGAAUGAACAUAGUGAUGACAUGUCUGUUAGGCAAGCGAUAUCUCUUGUGCUGGACAGGCAUCCAGAAUUGAGACAAAGAGGACUUGCGUAUGAAGUGCUGCAGUGGUACAUCUGUAGAAUGGAGGCAUGGUUUGCUGCAGAUGCAGACAUGAUAUCUCUGAAAGCUUGGGAUCAGGAGAAAGUUCUUUCUGGUGGUCAUGGACUGAUGGUGCAAGGUUAUGAUCCUGUUAUAAAGUCCUUGUCAAAAGACCUUGAUAUCCGCUUAAAUCACCGGGUUAAAAGGAUUGUCAAUGGAUAUAAGAAAGUGGUUGUUAUGGUUGAAGAUGGAAGGAACUACAUUGCUGAUGCUGCAAUUAUUACUGUGCCUCUGGGGGUUAUGAAAGCCAACUUAAUUGAGUUCAAGCCUAAGCUGCCUGAAUGGAAGCUUUCUGCAAUAUCAGAUCUUGGUGUGGGCAACGAGAAUAAGAUUGCAUUACGAUUUGACAAUGUUUUCUGGCCAAAUGUGGAAUAUUUGGGCAUAGUUGCACCCAAGUCUCAUUCUUGUGCUGGAGCCCUUGCAUAUGACCUCGAGAAGCUAUCAGAUGAGGCUGCUGCAAAUUUUGUAAUGUUACAGCUGAAGAGAAUGUUCCCUGAUGCAUCUGAGCCUGUUCAAUAUCUUGUGUCGCGCUGGGGAUCAGAUCCCAACAUCCUAGGGUGUUAUUCCUAUGAUGCAGUUGGGAAUUCAGAUGAUAUAUAUGAUCGGCUCCGAGAACCUUUGGGCAAUCUUUUCUUUGGAGGCGAAGCCAUGAGCCUAGAUCACCAAGGUUCUGUACAUGGUGCCUAUUCAGCUGGAAUUAUGGCAGCAGAAAAUUGUCAAAAGCAUCUUAUGCAGAGACUCGGAAGCUUGGAAAGGAUUCCAGUCCUCGCCUUAAGAGAUGAAAUUGUUGAAGUUCCAGUUCCACUUCAGAUCUCUAGGUUGUGA